CCAUGGAUGAUGUGUUGUUCUUGCAUGCUUAAUUAGGGUUUCUUACACGGCAAAAAGUAAUUGUAUAUUAAUAAUGGGUGUGUUUCCCUGUUGUGCUACUGCUAUUGGGUUUUUAUGGGUGCUUGUUCUGCUUGUUCAUGGACACGUGGCAUUCGGUGAUGGAGUCAGUGGAGCUGUUGGUGAGAACAGCGACGAGAAAUUCUUGCACAGGCCUCUGCUGCACAAGCCGUUUCCUGGAAGAGGCAUUGGUUUAGGACAUGGCGUUAUUUAUAAGAGAGGGUUUAAGCGUAGGUUUGGUGGCGGCGGCGGCGGCGGUCUUGGUGGCGGCGGCGGUCUUGGUGGUGGUGGUGGUCUUGGCGGAGGUGGCGGUCUUGGCAGUGGCGGCGGUCUUGGUGGUGGAGGUGGUCUAGGUGGUGGUGGUGGGUUAGGAGGUGGAGGAGGUCUGGGUGGCGGUGGUGGGUUAGGAGGUGGGGGUGGGUUGGGCCACGGUGGUGGUCUUGGUGGGGGGAUUGGUCAUGGUGGCGGGCUUGGUGGUGGGUAUGGUGGAGGGGCAGGGGGGGGUCUAGGUGGUGGUGGAGGAUUAGGGGGUGGAGGAGGUUAUGGUGGGGGUGGAGGUGGGGGAUUAGGGGGUGGUCUUGGUGGAGGCUAUGGAGGGGGUGGUGGUUAUGGAGGCGGAGGAGGACUAGGAGGGGGAGGGGGUGGUGGAUUUGGUGGUGGUGGAGGUUUCGGCGGCGGCGGCGGAUACGGUGGUGGAGGAGGAUUUGGGGGUGGGGGGCACUAAUGAAUUAUGUUAAGCGGUCUUCUGAUGUUGCAUGGACUGUCUGUUAUAUUUGAUGGUAUAAUCAAGUUGUACACGUAAUUAUAUUUCCCCUUGAUUAAUUGUGUAACCAAAUUGUUUAUGUAAAAGAUUAAGGUUACUUUAGGCCAUCUCCAUUGCGGGAGUUCGAAAGAAAAAUCAUUAUUGAGCGUCCAGAUAAACUUUAAUUUUUAUUCUAAAAAAAUAUAUUUUUAUAUA